AGCCCCAAAUUCAACAUUUCUUCCCCAGGGCUCAUUUUCACCGGAAGAACUCCAAUCUUCCUCAAAUUUCACCAAAAAACCCUAAUUCCACGCGAUUAAACCCUUUGAUGAGAGUAUUACCACAUUUCUCUGUACAGAGAGAUUGAUUUCGAUGACGAAUUCUUGUGCUGGAGGUGGAGAAGGGAUACCUAGAGGUAUCAGUCUCUCCAACACUGUUCAUUCUGAAGUAGCUCCGUGCUUGCCGUUGCCGUCGUUGCCGGUGUUCUGCGGUGCUCUUGACCAGGACUUGCGAUUGAUUGACGAGCCUACUGGUUCUGCUAGGCAGUUAAACCGUAGUGACAUUGCCGAUCAGGCUAGCAAGAUAUCAAAACUUCUCCAGGCUACGGAUGUGUCUUACUUGAAUCUUAGAGCGGAGGUGGGACAAUCACCUUAUGGUCAUGGAGAACAUCUAGACCUUUACAAUGAGGUUCUUAGAUGCAAUUCUGAAGCAUUUGUGCACAUUGCUCCAGGUCCUGUGAAGGAGCAAAUGUAUAAUAAUAUGGUACCUAAUAACAAGGUACCUGAAAGGAAGCUGUUCGUGCAAAAUAUAUCCUCCAUUAGUGAAGCCCUGAAAGACAAAGGGGAAACUCAGCUUCAGCAUGAGCAUGAGCAUGAGCAUGAGCAUGAUAUUGUUACAUCUUCAUCUAGAAAACCAAAAGGCAAGAAGAAAGCAAGUGAUGACACGUUGUUAUCAACUGAACCAGAUGGUACUGAGCGCAAAGAUGCCGCCUUAGAAAGAUUUUGUGAAGUACUUGAGGAUUUGUGUGGGAAAGCAGAAAUUCCAAUGGAUGAUCGUGAAGAAGGUGAAGCAGAAUGGUUACUUUUGCCUAUAGGCGACAUAAGAACUCUUGUGAAAGAAGUUAUGUCGUUCCGAGCUAACAAAAUCCUACAUUUGGUUCCUGUUGCUGUUCUUGAGAGAAUGUUAAAAAUUCUCGAUCAUCAGAUUCACAGCGCGGAAGGCCUAUCCAUCAAUCAAUCUGAAAAUUCUUAUUCGGAUGUAGUGUCUGCAAUUACGGUAGCACUUGAGUCCAUCCAUGCAGCUAUUGGAAUUAUGGCUUAUAGUGGCAUGCCAAAGCAAAUCUACAAGGAAGAGAUCAUUGAAAGAAUCGUGGAGUUCUCUAGGCGACAAAUAGCAGACGUCAUGUCAGCUUGUGAUCCAACUUAUCGUUCCGCCAACAGACCAACUGAUAAUGGCAAUUUGCAAGACGAAGAAGAAGAUGAUUAUGAUGAGGAUUUUGGAAGUGCUAGCAAGAAAAGACGUACUGCUAGGAGUGUAAAAGUGAAAAAAACAGGAGCAAACAAGGCUUCUGCUGCAGCACAUAACAUACUUCAGAAACUGUGCACCAUAAUUGGUUUUCUGAAGGAUUUGCUGAUGAUAGAACGCCUAUCAGAUAGUUGCAUUUUGCAGCUAGUGAAGACAUGCUUUUCCACUUUAUUGGUGGAUAACAUUCAACUUUUACAAUUGAAGGCAAUCAGUCUAAUAGGCGGAAUAUUUUACUCAUAUACUCAACAUCGAGUUUAUGUGAUGGAUGAAUUACUUCAUUUGCUGAUGAAAUUACCAUUCUCAAAGCGAAUUCCUAGAACUUAUCACCUUGCCGAUGAAGAACAAAGGCAGAUUCAAAUGAUAACUGCUUUGUUGAUUCAGUUGGUUCAUUGUAGUGCGAACCUUCCUGAUUCUUUGAGGGAAGCACCUGAUAGCAAUCCAUUAUUUGAGAUUGGAAUCGAUUCUAGUUAUCCUCAUAAAUCCCAAGAGGCAGUAACUGAUGCAUGUUGUCUUUUCUGGAGCCGAGUGCUUCAGCGAUUUGCAAAUACGAAGACUCAAAAUCAGGAUGCAUCUGAGUUCAAAAUUAUGUUGGAAAAUCUUGUUAUCGAUCUACUGGCAACAUUGAAUUUGCCAGAAUAUCCUGCUUCAGCUCAUAUUCUGGAGGUUCUUUCUGUCUUACUGCUGCACAAUGCUGGGCUUAAAUCAAAAGAUAUUGCUGCUCGGUCCAUUGCCAUUGAUGUUCUUGGUACGAUUGCUGCAAGGUUAAAACGUGAAGCUGUCCUCUGUAAGAACGAAAAUUUUUGGAUUGUACAGGAGUUACUAGGAGGGGAUGAGGAUGACGAUUCCCCUCCGAAUGAUGCAUGUUCUGUUUGUUUGGAUGCAAGGAUCGUAAAACCAUUGGUCCUCUGUGAAGGUUGUCAGAGAUUAUUUCAUGUAGACUGUAUGGGAAUAAGAGAACAUGAAGUUUCUGGUAGCAGCUGGUUGUGUCAGCUAUGCCUUUGCAGAAAACAACUUCUUUUUUUACAAUCUUACUGCAAGGCCCAGGGUAGGGGUGAAGGUAAUCACACUCGUAAGAAGUCAAAAUCUUUGGACACUACUGAUAUUACAAAAACGGAGAUUGUUCAACAGAUGCUAUUGAAUUACCUCCAGGAUUCUGGAUCUGCUGAAGAUGUGCAUAUAUUUACUAGAUGGUUCUAUAUUUGUCUGUGGUACAAAGACGAUCCCAGUAGUCAGGAGAAGUUUCUCCACUACCUUGCUCGGAUAAAAUCUAAAGCAAUUGUGCGUGGUUCUGGGAUGGUUUCAUCGUUAUUGACAAGAAAUUCUGUCAAGAAGAUAACAUUGGCGCUGGGACAGAAUAGCUCUUUCUCCAGAGGAUUUGACAAAAUUCUUGACAUGCUUCUGAGAAGUCUAAGGGAGAAUUCUCCUGUGAUUCGUGCUAAAGCAUUGCGUGCAGUUAGUAUUAUUGUAGAGGCUGAUCCAGAGGUUUUGGGUGAUAAAUUAGUUCAGACAGCUGUUGAAGGAAGGUUUUGUGACUCUGCUAUAUCUGUACGAGAAGCAGCACUGGAACUUGUUGGCCGAUAUAUUGCUUCACAUCCUGAUGUUGCUCUGAGGUACUAUGGAAAGGUAGCUGAGAGAGUGAAAGAUACUGGAGUGAGUGUUCGGAAACGAGCCAUCAGGAUCAUAAGGGAUAUGUGUACUUCUAAUGCUAAUUUCCCGGAGUUCAACAGUGCUUGCAUUGAAAUUAUUUCUCGUAUUAGCGAUGAAGAAUCCAGCAUUCAGGAUCUUGUGUGCAAGACAUUCUAUGAGUUCUGGUUUGAGGAACCUUCGGGUUCACAAAAUCAAAUGUUCACAGAUGGUAGUUCUGUAACACUGGAAAUAGCAAAGAAGACUGAGCAAAUGGUCGAAAUGCUACGGAAGAUGCCUAGUUAUCAAGCUCUUGUUAUUGUUAUUAAACGGAAUUUAGCCCUUGAUUUUUUGCCACAAUCAGCUAAGGCUGUGGGAAUAAGUCCUAUGAUGCUUGCAUCGGUACGAAAGCGAUGUGAGCUUAUGUGCAAGUGCUUGUUGGAAAAGAUUUUGCAGGUGGAGGAAAUGAAUAUAAAUGAGGAUGUGGGUGCACUGCACUAUGUGUUACUCUUGCACGCUUUCUGUCUAGUGGAUCCUGCACUUUGUGCUCCGGCCUCUAAUCCUUCCCAGUUUGUGGUGACGUUGCAGCCCUAUUUAAAGAAACAGGCUGACAAUCGAGCAGUUGCACAGCUAGUGGAAAGUAUAGUGUUUGUGAUCGACUCUGUUAUGCCCUUGCUACGAAAGCUUCCUCAAAGUGUAGUUGAAGAUCUUGAACAAGAUUUGAAGCAGAUGAUCGUUCGACAUUCAUUUUUGACUGUCGUGCAUGCUUGCAUCAAGUGUCUUUGCUCCUUGAGUAAAGUUGCAGGAAAGGGUGCAUCUGUUAUUGGAUAUCUUAUUCAAGUGUUCUUCAAACGUUUGGAUGCUCUGGGUUUUGAUAACAAGCAGCAAGUGGGCCGGUCCCUUUUCUGCCUUGGAUUGCUUAUUCGCUAUGGAAGCUCUUUGCUGGGUAUGUCUUUGUCCAGCAAACAGAAUGUGGAUGUUGUCAGCAGUCUCAGCGUGUUUAAGAAGUACUUCUAUGCAGAGGAUUUUGCUUUAAAAAUCAGAUCGUUGCAGGCGUUAGGUUAUGUUUUAAUUGCUCGGCCUGAAUUUAUGUUGGAGAAGGAGAUCGAAAAUAUCUUAGAGGCGACACUUUCUUCUAGCUCUGAUGCUCGUCUGAAGAUGCAAUCACUACAGAAUGUGUAUGAGUACCUUCUAGAUGCAGAAAGCCAGAUGGAGAAUGAUAAAGCUGAAAAUGAUACAGUAACUUAUAAUACAGAUGCGGGCCGAAGUGUGCCAGUUGCUGCAGGUGCAGGUGAUACUAACAUCUGUGGAGGAAUCAUUCAGUUAUAUUGGAAUAGCAUUUUAGGCAGAUGUUUGGAUGCGAAUGAGCAAGUGCGUCAGUCUGCUAUCAAGAUCGUGGAAAUCGUGCUGCGCCAAGGUUUAGUUCAUCCCAUUACUUGUGUUCCAUACCUUAUAGCACUUGAAACAGAUCCACAGGAGGCAAAUUCAAAGCUGGCUCAUCAUUUGCUGAUGAAUAUGAAUGAAAAGUAUCCUGCCUUUUUUGAAAGUCGUCUUGGGGAUGGACUUCAGAUGUCGUUUAUUUUCAUGCAAUCAAUGGGUCAAAGUUUUUCUGAAAAUUCAAACCCAAAACUCCAAACCAAGUCACCUAAGGGGAAACCGGAUGGUAGUUCCUUCUCUUAUGCAAGAUUGGGCGUUUCUCGAAUUUACAAGGUUAUUCGUGGAAAUCGUGUGUCGAGAAAUAAAUUUAUGUCUUCAAUUGUUCGCAAAUUCGACACUCCUGGCUGGCAUAACUCAGUCGUCCCUUUUCUGAUAUACUGCACAGAGAUCCUCUCUUUACUCCCUUUCGGAUUACCUGAAGAGCCUCUGUAUUUGAUUUACGCUAUAAAUAGAGUUAUACAAGUUAGGGCUGGGGCAAUAGAGGCAAAUAUGAAAACAUUCUUGCAUAAGUUGCAAGGGCAUAAUCGGAAAGAACCUGCAAAUGGGGUAAUACAGAAGGAACAAUUCGAUCAACCUGUUUCUGGCGAAAAUGCAUUUGUAGACAGGAAUUGGACGGUUGGACAAGAGUUCCCCAGUGAGAUUGCUUCUGUUCCCAUGGAGCUUGAUCAACAUUCUAUGAACCUGGUCAACCCUUAUGUCAUCUCUUUAGAUGAUCUGCCAAGCAUCCAGGCCGACUGCCUUGCAGCUUGUUCUCUGCAACUACUUCUGAAGCUCAAAAGGCACCUAAAAAUAAUAUAUGGUUUAGAUGACGCUCGUUGCCAGGCUUUUUCUCCGACUGACCCACCGAAGCCGGGGGAGUUCCUUUCACGGCAGAAUAUUCCAUUCAAUGUCGGUGAGAUAAGUAUUAGUCGACCGACCACAUACCACGAGAUCGUACAAAGAUAUCAGGAAUUCAAGAACGCGUUGAAAGAAGACACGGUCGACUACUCCGUCUAUACAGCAAAUAUUAAACGGAAACGGCCUCCCGGAAGAAGGCCGAAAACAGCUCGUAUGAACGGUGGAGACGACGAUGAUGACGAUGACGAUGAGUAUUGGGGUAGCGGGGCCCGUAGUGGGAGAAAAGGCAGUAUUAGUACCAGAAGUAGACAAAGGUUAUAAUUGUAAAUACACCAUACAGGUACAAUCUAACAUGUACAGCUGGUAGUAGACGAAGAAGAAGAAAGAAGAAAAAACACUGAAGAUGAGAAUCUUAUAAGAAGAGAAGAAAGAAGCCUGGGUUCAAUAUGCAGGUAAUUGCACUCCAAUUCCCUUCAAUUUUUUGCAACUUUCCCCACUACUAAAAUAGGCUCUCUUUUAGUACCCAAAUUGCUCUUAUUUUUGAAGGUUCCUUUCUUCUUAAUGAUUCUGUUUUUGAAACUGUGGGGGCAUAGGGUGGGGCGUAGGUGUAUUUUGAGGGGCGGGUGCACCCUCUGGGUCUGGGCGUUUGUAUAUUAUUACGAUAGAUUGAGAUAUAGUUUAGGACCGUAACCCUAUUCCUUAUCUGUACAUUCAUGUUUUCUUGGAUCUAAUUUCUUAGUGUUAUUUUCUAUUUUUUUCUGGUGAAUUUAGUUCUACGUUUUUAGGUGUCUUAUCUUUAGUUUCGCUGGGAAA